UUAACCACCGUUAACUACUUAUCUUGACAGCUUCUUCACGUCGUCUGCUAAUGAAUUUAAAGACACGUGCAUGAUCGCUCAAACUAUAUUAAAGUAAUUUGAAAAACCUAAAGACAGCAAUGAAUCUAUUACCAAAAUCUAGUUCCGAAUUUAGUCAGCAAGAUUACUGGGACAAAUUUUUCAAAACAAGAGGGAAAAAAGCUUUCGAGUGGUAUGGCACAUAUAACCAACUUUAUGGUGUGCUUCAUAAAUACAUCAACCCACGAGAUAACAUUCUUGUAGGAGGAUGUGGAAAUUCAACACUUAGUGCUGACUUGUACAAUGCCGGGUUUACCUCCAUGACAAAUGUUGAUAUUAGUGAAACUGUAAUUGAACAAAUGAUCAAGCAAUAUGAAAAAACUCAUCCUUUGAUGAAAUUUGUAGCUAUGGAUUUGCUUCAAAUGAGCUUUGAUGCUGAAACAUUCACAUGUUUCUUGGAUAAAGGAACGUUAGAUGCCCUUAUGUCUGAUACUGACCAAGAAUCUAGAGAAAGAGCUGAAAACAUGUUUAAGGAAAUUGAUAGAAUACUUAAAGUUGGAGGAAGAUAUGUCUGUAUCUCGUUGCUCCAAGAACACAUUCUUCACUGUCUCAUUGCAUACUUUCACAAUUUAGGAUGGAUGAUUCGUAUAUGCCGGUGUGAAGAAGCUGAAAGUCAGGAAGAUCCCACUGAUUUAAAACAAAAGAAAACAUCAGGUAGCGGUCGUUUUCCGUUUCCCGUGUUCACUGUUGUGUGCACUAAAUUCAAAAAAAUGGAACGCAUGACGCCGUUGCUCGAAUUUUGUCCCGAUGAAAAAAACAUAGAGAGAUUAUCAAGUGUGGGUCAGUUAAAGGAACGAGUUCAAUCCGUUCAACAUUUCGCUACAUUGUGCCAUCAAAUCAGUCAUGACGAGAAAGCCUCGCAAGAUGUUUUCAUUGAAUUAAUGGACCCCAAGUCGACCAAGAAAACCCCAAAAUAUACGCUUUUCAUCGUGGAUCGCCCAUGUAAAUCGAAUCAAAAGUUUGCUGCGUUUGUCGUUCCGCAAGGAAGAGAGACAGAUUGGCUGUUUGGUUCAAACGAAGGACGGCGGCAACUUGCUGACAAUGCCAAAUUCCAGCGAUUACUUGUAAUCCAUUUAGGCCGCGAUCACCAAUUCGCUAGUCUGGAUUGCGUGCAAACCGAAUUGGCUGGCAUUGUGUCCAGUUUACAACCCCAAGGAUUACCACCCAAUACUCAGAUCCCGUUCCUGUCUCUGGGUGCUCAAGUUAAUCAGCGGAAAGAGAUUCACAGAGGAGUGAGCGAUUCAACGGGUGAAUAUGUCGUGGAAGAAGUCGAGGAAGAAGAUGACGGAAAACCAGUAAUUUUACGUCGGCUCAUUUUUCUUUCAAACCCCAAUGUCAUUCAGUCUGAAGCUCGAAUGAAGAAUGGAAAGGUUGAUCUGAAGUAUUUAGCUUGUCAGCAUCAUCUCGUCAUGGUAGAAGAAUUACGUCAAAAUCUUGACAUGACAAAUCAUGGGCUAAAAAGCAUCCUAGUCCUUGGUCUUGGUGGCGGAGCAUUGUGCACGUACUUGCAUCAAGCGUACCCACAAUUUAAAGUUGACGGCGUUGAGAUCGAUCCAACUAUGGUAGAUUUAGCCCGAAAAUAUUUUGGAUUCAAACCCAGUGAAAAUCUUAGGCCUCAUAUUGCCGAUGGUUUGUCUUUUGUUCAAGACGCAGCGGCUUCAGAAUCAAGGGAACGCUAUGGUUGUAUCAUGCUCGAUGUUGAUUGUAAAGACCGCAGCUUGGAGAUCAGCUGCCCCCCUCCAAGUUUUUUGGAACCUAAUUUUAUUCAAUCUGUUAAACAGUGUCUGAAUCCUCAAGGAAUCUUCUUUAUGAAUUUGGUUUGCCGAGACGAAGCGAGACGUAAUGGUGUCACAGAGAUGCUCCGUGAAUCUUUCGCCUCAGUGCAAAUUAAAAAAAUCAAAGGCGAGGUAAAUGAAAUUAUCACAUGUCACCCUUCUUCUCCGUCUCUAUCCAAGGCAAGUGGCGGAAGAAAGUCGUCAAAGAAAUGAAUUUUUGGGGAUUGUAUAAAGAAAGGGACUUUCAGAUGGUGUUGCUGCCUAACAUUGUGUGUUGGAGAAGUGUAACAGAAAUGAACAGGAAAGUGGUUCUAUAUAAUAAUAAAAUAAUUUGUUGUUAA